AUUUAAUAAUGACAGUAGCUGAAGGCAAACAAGAUGCAAUCAUUUCUUGGUACAAUCACAGCUUUGUAGCUUUACUCAAUCUUUGAGCAGUGAAUCAGAUGACUAAUUUGAGGCGGACUGCUAGACAUUUCUGCUGCGCUAUUUAUUUUUUUUACUUACCUUAUUUUCUACUCGGAUAAAAAAAUGAAGCCCCUUCAUGUCCUCGUGUCUUUUUGCUUCUCAGCUGUGAGUAUGGUGGCCUCAGAAGUGCUAGAGGUGAGCGGCCGUGUUGGUGGUGAGGUUUCCAUCCUCUGCUCCGGUAGCUGGAACAGAGACAGCGGUGCCAAACACAACAGCAUGUAUUUCUGCAAAGGAGUCUGCUCCAGCGAAAGCAUUCUCAUUCAGAGCGAGAGGAGGCGAUCCACCGUCGCAAGUCAAGGGAGAUACAGCAUUAACAAUGGCAGAGAAGAUGGAGUCUUCAAUGUGGCCAUAAAGAAGCUGGAGAAAGCGGACACAGGGAGAUAUCGCUGUGGAGUGGAGAAAACCUUGAAUGUGUUGUAUCGGGAAAUUAAUCUCAUAGUUGUAGAAGCUUCCACUGUUCCCAGAUCUCCUUCCUCCACUACUAUCAUUCCGAACAAAACAGCACUUCUGUCACAUGACAGCUUUACAUCCAGCACCGAGCAAUCACCAGCAGCAUCUUCACCCUCAGAUGGAAAGAGAAACAGACAUGAAGCAUCCCGACUCACAGACACUACAAUGGUCAUCAUUGUCUCAGGGAGCUUAGCUCUUCUGGUCUGUGCCAUCAUCCCUGUUAUUUUCUAUGGACACUGGCGGAGUCACACAGGUCCGAACAGAGCUGAAGACAACAAGGGUGAGGGUGAUCAUCGGGAGGAAAAUACAGAUGUUGGAUCUGGUCAGGUUGCAGUGGAGCUGCAGGCCUUUGAGUCAGAUGUUGCUCCAGAGACCGAUGAUAAUUACACCUCCGAAUAUGCUGCCAUCUACGAGGCACGAGAACCUCAAACCAUGGACUGAGAAGUCUUUUUUGUCCUGACAGCUUAUUUUCUUCUUUGACUUUUACAUAAAAAAUAAAGUAAACUA